AUGAAGUCCACCAAACCGGCUAGUGCUGGAUUGCCACAACAUGGCCACUCCUCCUCACCUCGUGUAGAGCGCAGGUCGUCCGACCAGAACAAAGAAGAAAGUAUGUCGGGAAACAGGAGUGGCAAGACCCCCCCAACCACGACCACACACUCGCCGCUUGUCCACGGUCGGGUCAGCAAUCAGCUGGCGCGUGAAAACUCUGGUGGACUGGAGGCUAUGCGACGUAGAAUGAGUGCUGCUCUGGCCCAGAAAAACCAGAAGCGCGCCGCUGCGACUUCUGACUCUUCGCCCGAUCUUGCGAAACGAGAUGAAACCCCCGAGCGGCCAGCGACUCUUAUCCAUACAGAAUCCAGCUCAGAUGAAUCUGUCAACACUGGAACUCUUUCCACGGACUCCGCCAGGACAAUCAAGGCGGCUUUUGACACGACUCCGGGCACCAUCAGAACGCCUUCAUAUCCUUUCCCCAGGAUGUCUUUGAAAUUGAAUCGUGGUGUCAGCCAGCGGUCGGGUCCGUCCCAUAAGCCGUUUACACUGUUGUCACCGACCAACGAACCCGUAUCCAGCAGGGAGCCGUCGUCAACCCCCCAAGCAGCAGCCCAACCCCUCAAAUCUGCCUCCGGCAUGAGUACACCACUGGGUCAAACACCCAUCAGUGCGGAUUUUCCCGAAGACCCCAACUUCCCCACCCCGGAUCUAUACGACAUCAUUCUUAUGCUGAAUGCUGAGCCCGGCUUGGACAUGUGGUGGGUCAACGUGACGGAGAUACUUUCAGAGGCGUACGGUGCUGAACGCGCCUCGCUUGCCAUACCGGGUGACAUUACAGAUCUGGAGAAUGUUCCCUGGGGUCAGAAGGCCACUUAUAACGUUUGUGGCACUGAUGGAGUGCCAGCUUCCCGGGUCGGUUCGCUCGCAUCGUCCGAAGUUGACGUCAACUCUACGGGCAGGCGGCCAGAGCCAUCGAGCAGGAUGCCUACCGAUGUCAGUUCUGCGUCUGCGCGUCGGCCACCUCUACUGUCCCGACACUCUAUUGCCGGUCCUGCUCCAGAUUCUUCUCUUCGAACUUCGCGUCAAAGACCUGCUGCUCCUGUUCGGGCCCACAGCAGCAUCCCCAAGGAACAAGAUGAGCAGGUGGCAUCCUUGGCCUCGGCCAUCCUGCCCCGGUUGACACGACAAGCGGCAACACCUUUAACGCUCUCAGCGGCCGAAUCUGAGCCCAUGUUCAAGGGACAAUACUAUUCUUCAGGUUCUGGGUCUUCUACACUACGAUGCCAUGUGCAUCGAUCCAUCCAGCCAUUGGAGGUGGAACCUGACCCUCUUUUGGUUCGCACUGGGGUCGUCUCCCUGUUUGGUAAGAGGAAGCCAGUAGUCUUGACCAGAGCAUAUACAGAGGAAGUACCGAGCAAGUCCCCGACAAUCAGAGGAUACGGCGAUAAGGGCAGCGCGCCAUCUACCCCUAGCGGGUUCGACGAUCGAAUGACCCCGAGGACUGAAGGUUCACAAACUUCAACGCGUCAAGUCCGCGCGUUUGAUGAAUUUGAACAACCGGAGCCUUCUCCGUGGUCGCAGAGUCCUGCCCCUUCACCUGCGGCACGCCCUGAUCCCGUGGAGUCGCCUUUCUUUGUCCAACCGUCAGCGUCGAUUGACGAGACCGCGUUUGAGCAAAAUCCUCCCGCUUAUGACUAUGCUAACAGCGCCAACCAGUCAUUGAAUGCAAUUGGUGCAGAUAUGUCAAGGACGAUAGUCCAUCUGCCACUCAUUCAGCCGGUCCUGUCACGGGGGCAAUUGCCGUCGAGCCUCCGUUUUCCGAUAGCCAUCCUGUCUUUCUUGUCACACCUGAACCCUUAUCCACGUAGUUUACGGCGUUCAUUGGAGGCCCUUAUCCCACAUCUGGCAAGCUCAUAUUCUCUUGCGCAGCAAUAUAGCGCUCUCCAGGCCCGAUUGCGUGGCAGCCCAGGGAGUCGACACGAAGCAGCGUUUGGGUUGGGAGGCACGUUCUCCGACGAGGGUUCUGAAUUGGAAUUGGUUGCAGAGCUGAGCGGACAGGUUGCCCAGGACAAAGAGAAGUCAAAAACGUGGAAAUAUGAAAGCCCCUACAGUUCGGUCGGAAACACGCCGCUUAUGGAUCAGUUCGGCCUCAGUCCAGGUCACCCACCGACACCGGGGAGGUCUGGAGUUGAGAUGAUCGACAGCUAUUUCUCUGUGCGGAGGCAAAAGUCGAGCCAGCAGCCUCUGACUCCAGGCCAGCGAAUGAAUAGGGAUGAGGCGGGGCAGACGAAGGGAUCGUCUGAAAAGCCGCAAUCGAGUGCCAAACAAGGCAACAGAAAGGCCAGUGCAAACAUGGCAAAAAGCCAGCCAGAGCCACAAAGUCCAGUGACUACUCGAUCGGCGAGCAAUGCUUCAGAGACUGAGAUGGGAGACUCGUCUUGGACUCUCUCCUACGACAGACUCGAUCCCAGUGGUCGGAGGCAGCUGCCACGGCGGGAAAGCCAGAGCAGAGAAGACGACGAGAGACCGUUACCGGAACUAAUAUCGUCGCUGAUGCUCAACUCGGUGCCACUACAGUUGUUCCUUGCCAAACCUGGUACAGGAGACUUGGUCUGGACCAACCGGAAGUUCGACGCCUUUAGAAGCCAAGGAGAAGGUCGGGUUCGUGACCCCUGGAAAAAUGUGCACCCGGCAGACAGAAACGGCCUGGUCAAACUGUGGAAUGAUGCACUAAAAACUGGCAGCCAAUUCACUCAUUAUAUCCGUGUCAGGCGAUUUAAUAGCGACAGUGAUUACCGAUGGUUUGUCUUCCGGGCAAGCACCCUCCUCAGCAACAAUGGUCGACUUUUGUAUUGGAUCGGGUCAUUUCUCGACGUGCACGAGCAGUACAUGAAGAACUUGGAGGCGAGUGAAAAAGAAGCAACUAUGGCCCGCGACACCAAACUCCGUGCAUUGGCAGACGCCAUUCCACAAGUCCUGUUCGAGGCCAUCGAAGGAGACGGCAUUGUUUCUGUGAAUCAACAAUGGCAUGCAUAUUCCGGCCAGACACUGGAGGAUGCCCGUGGCCUCGGAUUUGCUAAGCAUGUCCACCGCGACGACUUGCACAAAUGUGGCAUUCUGUCGCCCGGUGACGUUGCGGCAAUCGCAAGGUCAUCUACGCCGGGCAGUCACACGGACUCUUCUGGUGACUCCAAUCGAACGGUGGCCCCACCUUUGCCGGCGCAAAAGAGCUUGUUUUCGCCAGACCCGUCUUCGCUCGAUGCCAUGAUCAAGCAGGGGUCGGUUCUAGUGGAGAAAGAUGAGAAUGGCCGCCUGUCUUAUCUGACCGAGAUUCGGUUGAGAUCCAAGGGGGGCGAAUAUCGAUGGUUCCUUGUGCGACUUUCCCGGGUGGACACCGGGCUGUGGCAGAGUCAGAGUGGUCGGGCUUCCUGGUAUGGCACCUGCACCGAUAUUGAGACGCGGAAAAACCUCGAGAGGGAGCUGAACCAAGCCAACCACAAAGUGCACUCUGAGAUGGAGUCCAAAACCAAAUUCUUUGCCAAUAUGUCUCACGAGAUCCGGACGCCCUUGAACGGCAUUUUGGGUAGCAUGCCUUGGCUGGUUGAAUCCACCCUCGACCAUGAUCAAAGACGGACUGUCGACACCAUUCAAAACAGUGCCAACAAUCUUAGGGAGCUGGUCGACAAUAUUCUCGACGUGACCAAAGUCGAAGCCGGAAAGAUGACGCUGCUCCCCAAAUGGUUCCACGUGCGCACAUUAUGCGAGGAGGUCAUAGACACGGUCUCAUCCCGCGCCAUAGAACGUGGUCUGGAACUCAACUAUUCUCUUGACGCAAACGUUCCCUCAAUGGUGAAGGGCGAUGCUUUCCGAGUACGGCAAGUACUGCUCAACCUGUUGGGCAAUUCGGUCAAAUUCACGGAGCAAGGCGAGGUGUACAUGAGGUGUUCACUUCGGGAGGAGGCAACGCCUCGCCAAGAAGACAAGCCACAAUCAUCGGCUCUGCUUUCAUUUGACGUGGUCGACACCGGGCGUGGGUUCAACCAGAACGAAUUCAAGCGACUAUUCAAACAGUUCGGGCAGAUUGGAGGUGGAAGCAAUCAUGAGGCAGGCUCGGGGCUGGGACUGUUUCUAUCCAAACAACUUGUUGAAAUGCAUGGCGGCGAGCUGUCCGUGGAAAGUCAGGCGGGCGAGGGAUCCACGUUCAGCUUUUACAUCAAAGUGGAAGUUGCUCCGCCUGGGUCCGACGUUGCUCCUUCAGCCAUGCUGCGACCCGGGCAGCAGAAGUCCAAUGCACUCACAGCAGGAAACCCGCGAUCUCGAUCGGACAACAAGACACCUACCAUUGCUUCCUCUAGGGGUUUCACACCUACGGAAGGGAUCAUCCAGACGCCAGGUCUCUCGCGAUAUACAAGCUCACCCGCUCCUCAGCUGGUGACUUUGCCAUCACCGGCUGGGCCAUCACCGCCAGUGGUUUCACCGCCUCUUCUGCCAUCUGAGAGCUCUACAAUGUACACGCGGUCGGAUUCGGGCAAUAUAGUGGGUGCAUCGUCCGCAUCUUCCCAACUGCCAACUCCGGAAUCCGCGCCCUCGCGUGAAGUGAUUCCCAGUCCAAACGAACAAGAACUAGUGGCCACCAAAUUGGUAUCGUCGCCUCCGACAUAUCGGCGAAGCAAGAGUGACAAUCAGGCUAGCGGAUUGGCAGCUGAGCUGGCCCAUCCACAGACAUAUUCCAUAAUCAUCAUUUGUCCUGCCGAGCACGCAAGGACAGCCAUCAAACAACACAUUGAGCACGUGGUGCCAUACCAGAUUGCGGCCAACGUGACCACGAUCCCGGACAUCGGGACAUUCCUGGAGCUCAUGAAUGGACCAUCAACCCCUACAUUCACGCAUAUUGUGCUGGAUAUUCCCGCCACGUCGGACAUUAUGCUUUUCAUGCGGCACAUGAUCAAUUGGACCGGGUCGGUUGUUCCGGCGUUGGUGAUUCUCACCGACCACUACCAGAAGCGCGACAUCUUGGAAGACUUCACUAUUCUGACGGCCAGUGGGCGCAAGGCCUAUCUGAUCCACAAGCCAGUCAAGCCUUCCGUAUUUGCCAUGAUCUUCGAUCCGGCGCAACUGCGCAACCUGAGCAAGGAUCGGGCGCGAGAGGUGGCUCAGUCGAGUUCCGACGAUUUCCGGCACAUAGCGAAGCUGGUCAAGGACAAGAUUGGAGGCCGUGAGUACCGGGUGUUACUGGUGGAGGACAGUGAUGUGAACCGAAUGGUGAUCCAACGUUACCUCAAGAAGGUGGCGCUGGAGAAUGAUUCGGCCAAAGAUGGACAGCAGUGUGUUGACAUGGUCCUAGCGAAAGGUCCAGGAUAUUACAACCUGGUUAUUUGUGAUAUCCAGAUGCCGAUCAAGAACGGAUAUGAGGCGUGCAGUGAAAUCCGAGCGUGGGAAGCAAGCCACGGGUAUCCAACAAUGCCGAUCAUGGCAUUGACGGCCAAUGCGAUGCCUGAAGAGAGAGCGGCGGCCGCGAACGCAGGGUUUACAGACUAUCUCACCAAGCCGGUGGAUUUCAAUGUGCUGGGGACGAUGAUGAUGACGCUGCUGGAUCCCAGCGUGCCACACGUGUUCUUACGUGACAGGCCUCUGUCUUGA